AUGGGAGGUGGCAACCAGGCACAGAUUUUGGCUCCAGGAUCCCAGGGCAUGGACUGUCCACCCCAGAACUGCAUGCAUGUCCAGUUUAGGGCCUCUUGGCCCAGGAAGCGAGCUGAGAUCAUCAUCUUUGAGCAGGAGAACUUCCAGGGUCGUUCUCACGAACUUGGUGGACACUGCCCCAACCUGAGGGAGACUGGAGUGGAGAAGGCAGGCUCUGUCCUGGUGAAGGCUGGACUCUGGGUAGCCUAUGAACAAGCCAACUGCAAGGGGGAGCAGUUUGUGUUUGAGAAGUGUGAGUACCCUUGUUGGGAUAGGACAGACUCCCUCAACUCCCUGAGGCCCAUCAAAAUGGACAGCCAAGAGCACAAGAUCACCCUCUUUGAGAACCCCAACUUCACAGGGGAUAAGAUGGAGAUCAUCAACGAUGACAUUCCCAUCCACGCCUAUGGCUACCAGGAGACGGUAUCUUCUGUGAGGGUGCAGAGUGGCAUGUGAGUGGAUUGGUUGCCGUACCCUGGCUACCGUGGGCUGCAGUACCUCCUGGAGAAGGGAGACUACAAGGACAGCGGGGACCUUGGGGUCCCCCAGCCCCAGGUGCAGUCUGUGUGCCACAUCCGUGACAUGCAAUGGCACCAGCAGGGUGCCUUCCCCAUCCUGGCC